UGUAUGUUAUUAUUAUAUUAAUUAGUAUAAUAAAUUUAAUCUUAAGAUAUUAACCAGUUCGUUUUAAAAAUAUUCUACCAGAUUCAUAUUUGACAUAAAACAUAUGUUUACCGCUGGGUAACGGUAAAUACCGAAGGUAUAAUUUUCGUAAACGCCUAAUAGUGUUUAAACAAUUUAGUUACCAUAUUACUAUUGUGCUUUUGUAGUGGUUUUUUAUUUAUAUAAUUUAGUUUAUUUGACAUAAACAAUCAUUUAGCAUCCAUGUUUUACCACAUUUUUUUCAAACAGCAGCAGGCUCUGAAGAUUAUGUUUUGAAUAUAAUAACUGAUCAUAACUGAUAAUAAUCAAUUUUUUUAUUAAUGUAAAAUGAAUACGAAACUCUGUAGAACAUGUGGACACGCAGGCGAAGAUUAUAUAGAUAUUUUUAAAACCGAUGGCUUGAAACACAAAAUAGAAACUUGUUUACCUUUAAUAAUUGAUUUACAUUCUCUCUUACCUGAUUCCAUUUGUAAAAAGUGCCAUAACAAAAUAGAGAGUUUUUACGUUUUUACAAAAAAUUGUCUGCAAAAUAUAAUUAUCUUAGAAUCAAAGUUAGACAUUGAACAAUCAUGUUUAAAGAGUCAGAGAAGAAAAGAUAAAAGCUGUUUAGCUUCUAUAUCUCUGUCCAAAGAGUGUAAGUCUGUCCAGACUGAAGAUAUUUCAUUUAACGAAUCUCAUUCGAUAAGCUCAUUAAGUAGCCAGAACUUUUGCUAUAGAGAUGAUUCAGAUGAGGUAAAUCACAGAUCUGAGAGGGGCAAUAAACAUAAAAGGAAAGGUGAACAUAUAGAAAGCACAUGGACUAAGAUACGUAGAUCAAAUUCUGGAAAUAGAAGAAAAUGUAAUCAGGAUGAUGAAUUUAUGGAUGGAUUUAAUUUGCAUGAUGCCUCAAUGGAAAAAAAAGAUUUGCCUGAUUUAGUUAAUAUUAAUGAUUUGAUCAAAACUGAACCCUUGGAUGAAUCUCCAGACAAAACGCCAUCUUUACACCCCACAUUUAUCUGUCCUAAUUGUCCAGCUAUAUUUUCCAAUAAAAACGAUCUAUUUCUACAUUUACAACUGAAUCAUUCUGACGAAUCAGUGUUUCUGUGCGGUGUAUGCCUUUAUCAAGUUGAUACACGUUCAAAACUAAAAGAUCACGUAGAAAAAUGUAUGUUAAAAAGUCCAGUAUCAACCAAAUUUUAUUGUGAAGUCUGUUAUUUUGGUGAAGAUAACUUUAAAGUUCUGGAAAAUCACGUUUUGUUUCAUAAGUUCCUAAUUGAAGCCUGCCAAAAAGAGGUUAGAAAUUUUGAUCCAGAGGAUUAUAUCGCAAUUAAUUCAAAUCUGAACAAAGUCCAUUCAUCUCCUGUUAAGUAUUUCACCUGUCUGGAAUGUAAUAGGUCAGAUUUUGAUACGUUUAGUAAAUUUUCAGCUCAUCGCAGAAGUGAUCAUUCUAUAUAUCAUUGUGAUUUGUGUAGUAAGUUCUAUGAGCACAAAUCACUUCUAUGGAAACACGUAACGCAAAAACACAAAAACCAUCCUUGUGUCACCUGUCAAAUUUGCUUCAAAACGAACUCCUCGAAAUAUCGCCUGGCUCAGCAUUUUCGUAAAAGGCAUAAUAAUUUUUUAGAAAACGAUAAUUUCGUCGAUCCGGUAGAUAAAGAUCACGAUGUACAGGAGGAUUUUGAAGAAGGGCAUACAGAUUGUGAUAGUAAUUCUUUAAAAACGUUUUCUGAGCAUGAAAGCAGUAAUUCUUUGGAUAAAAAAAUAGCUGCAAUAGAAACUCAUGUUUCUUCUGAUGUAUAUGACAAUAUUAAAGAUGAGGGUGUGUUGAAAUGCUUAAAAUGCUCUAAAACGUUCACUAAACAGGCAUUGUUAGACAGCCACCAAGAGAAUUGCAGUUCUAGUCUACAGAAAGGUUCAUUAACUAAAUGCAAGACAUGCGCAAAAGUCUUUAGAGACCGUAAAAGACUGGCCCGACAUAUAAUAAACCAUCAUUCUGAUUAUAACUGCGAAAUAUGUAAAGAACAAUUCCAAAGCAAAUGUGAUAUCGUUAGUCAUAUAAGGUUUGAACAUCCGUCUAGUCAUUUGGAAUGUUCGGUUUGCGAGAAUAUACUGAGGUGUCAAAAAGAUCUACUAGGCCAUUUAGGAAACCACGAGAAUUCAUAUGUCUGCCAGUUUUGUGCAGAUACCUUAGACAGCAAGAUGAAAUUGAAAAUGCACAUUUUAAGCAUGCACCAUCAACUGCUAAGUUUGAGUUGCAGCUUUUGCUUGAAGCGAUUUGAGAACCAGAAAAUUCUCAGAGAUCACGUGACGUGCGUGCAUAAACACCAGCUAAAUCCUCUGACGUCAUGUCCGGUUUGCGGCAACCAUUAUGGGUCCAAAAGGAAAACACUUGAUCACGUAAAAAAGAGUCACGGGAGCACUUUUAAGGUUUGCAGGAUUUGUUUGGAGCUUUUCGACAGCGAAACGCAGUUGGAAGAUCACGUAAAAUUAGUUCAUAUAAAGCAUAGCGUACCUAAUAAUGUACAAUCGAAAACUAGUACAAAGCCCUGUGAUCUGUUAAAAUCUGAAGAAAGUAAUUCUAACUGUGAUGCAAUCACAAUCGGUAUGGAUUACCUGAAUAGUGCAAGUGAAUAUACAGAUAGUGAAGAGUAUGAUGAUCAUAGAUCGGUUGAUUUAAAUGAGAAACAAAGACAUUUAGACCAGCAAUUAAGUAAUUCAAACGAAGAAAAAAUGAUUUUACUGGAAAAACGUUUGGUUGCCAAAGAGACUCGGGAUAUAAUUGACGAAAGUAGCAAAAAUAAAAAUCAUUUAUAUAAAGCAUUAAAACAAAGUGAUGGUUUAAAAUCUUCUAAAGAUAAACCAAAGGACAAAAUAAUACAAUCUCCUGAUUCUACUAAAUUUAGUACAAAUAAUUUCAAGAGAACCGUGUAUGUUGAGAGCAACGACCCUGCUUGGUGUCAAAUUUGUCAUAAGUCGUUUCCUGCCAAGAAACAUCUGUGGCAACAUUUCAUAAGGUGUCACAAGAAAGAUUCCGCUACAGUUUGUGGAAUUUGUUUGAAGAUAAACACGGAUUAUGAGACUCUACAAAAGCAUUUAAGAAGUACCCAUAUGGACUUGUUAGACGGGUCAAAGUUUAUAUGUAGGAUUUGUGGCAGAUAUCACAAUGCCAAUACAAAGCUGCAGCAUCACAUGGCGAUUCACGUGAAUUUCGAUUGGAACUUGUUAGACGCUUUCCCACCUCUCAAAUCGUUUAGUUUAAAUUCCAAACUUUCCAAUAUGAAGCAGGAGGAUAAUCACAAUUCAGAUUAUAGCCAAGUUUACGGCAAUAGUGAAACUUUGUCCACAUUGUCGCAACAAAAUCAGGAGAAUAACCAGAUGGGUUCUGAUACAGAUGAGGAAGAUACUAGAGAUAAUGAAGUAAAAAAUUUCCAAAACCAACCAGAAAAUUAUAAAAAAAAUAUAAGGAAUUUUCUUAGGCCUAAGGCUGAGGAAUUAGACUCAGCAAUCGAAUCUAUAACUUCGAGUUUAAAACAGGAAAUAAUUGAUUUGACUGACGAUUUAUCCGAUUCAGAUCAAAUCGUUCAUUCUCAAAAUGAGACUGAAAUUGAGUCGGCCGUUGGUAGUAUUUUAUAAAAAAAAA